AUGAUCUUUGAUUCAUUACUACCUCUUCCAUCCUUGCCUCAGGCAGAUGUCUUUUCUUACAUCUUUCGCCAUGGACGGCGAGAUUAUCCCAAAGACCGUGUUCUAUAUCAAGUGGACGGGACUGAGGAGACGUUGACAUUGGGCCAAUUGGAGCAGCGAAGUCUGCAACUGGCUCGCAUCUUGAAAGCCCAAUAUCAAAUCCAACCUCAGGAGGUGGUGGCGAUCUUUUCCCAUGAUCUAAUCCAAUAUCCCAUCGCAUACUUUGGUUGUGUCGCUGCGGGAGCCACAGUGGCCCUGAUUCCAGUUCAGAAACAGCAAAAUGAGACGGACAUUGUCUCGCAUCUCAAACUGGUCAACGCGAAGCUGAUUCUGACCGAUCAAAAGCUGCUUUCCCUAACAAACAAAGCAUUGAGUCAAUAUCGCGAGAUUCCCGUGCUCACUUUGGAUCGCGGCUCUGCCUCAAUCCCGAAUCUGGAAGAGAUGCUGGCGGAAUCGAGAUGCCGCGAUGAUAACCACUUCAUCCCGGUUUUUGAAUUGACUACCAAUGCCCAGGCCGAAGAGUACACGGGCUUUAUCAAUCGCACCAGUGGUUCGACCGGCAGUAUGAAGUCCGUUCUGGUCAGCCAUGCCCAUUUCAUUGCAACGAUGGAAGCCACUCGUCUCACGGUUCCAUCCACCACCAACCCGGACGAAGAUGUUUGGAUAUCCCCCCUAUCGCUGGGCUUCUUCAUCAACGCCAAAUUGCAUAUGGGCCUCAACAUCCUACUGGGAAUUCCUGUAGUGUUGAUGCGCGAGUCUCUCGAAUCAUCCAAUAUCGAUGUUAUCCCCCGUCACGGGAUCACGUUUCUCUUUGUUGCACCUCCAUUGGCUGCGAAGCUUGCGUCUGAUCGUAGUGACACAGACCUGAGCAGCAUGAAAUGGAUUCUGAGUGCUGGCAGCCCCAUCAGCGAAGGUGUUCGCGAUGCCCUGUCCUGCCGCUUCGACGGACUGCCAUUGACGAUGGAAUGGGCCUCGGCAGAAACUAUGCUCCUCACCAUUCAGACUGAAGACGAAUCUUCCCGUCGGCCCGGAUCGAGUGGAACUCUGGUCAAUGGCGUGCAGGCCAAGGUCAUCGAUACGGAAACCGGCGCUCCUUGUGGGGUGCGGGAGUCGGGAGAACUCUACGUGCGCAAUCGGUUGGCACGAUUCAGAGGGUACAAGGAUAACGAGGUUGCAAAUCGUGCUUUCACCUCGGAUGGAUGGUUCCAGACCGGCGAUUACGGGUAUAUAGAUGAAGACAGCAAUGUGUACAUUGUCGACCGCCUCAAGGAGCUGAUCAAGGUCGGUGAGGGCUACGGAUCGCAUGUUUCAGCCGCCGAGCUGGAAGGGAUCAUCUUCGGCCACCCUGCUGUGGGCAGUGUUGUUGUGGUGGGAUGCCGGGAUGAAGCCGCUCAGCUGGACCGACCAACUGCAUUUGUUGUUUUAAAGCCGGAAUUCCGCGAGAAACCGGAACAGGCAAAGGAGGAUAUCGAGCGAUAUGCGGGCGAGGGACUGACGGGCUUGCAAUGUCUGUCCGGAGGCGUCCGUUGUAUUGAUCAGAUUCCGGUGACUGGAUUCAAGAUCAACCGGAGAGCCUUGAGGAGCAUGGCCUAG